GGCUAAUACAAAAACAAACAUGACUGGGUUCAGGCACCUCAGGAGAAUUUCUGGUGCUAUUUCGAAGUUAAUUGCACCAGAAAAAAUACGAGUAACACACUUAAGAUUUUCCUCCCAAAUACUGCAAGGCAAAACAGUCAGAAUAGGAUGUGCCUGCGGUUUUUGGGGAGAUACAGCUGUGGCUGCCCCUCAAUUGAUCUAUGGUACAAAGAUAGACUAUCUGGUGUUUGAUUACCUGUCAGAGAUCACAAUGUCUCUGUUAAUUUCAGCUAAACAUAAGUAUCCUAAUUUAGGGUAUGCACCUGAUUUUGUACAGAUUUGUAUGGCACCAUUUAUCAAAGAUAUCAAGUCAAAAGGUAUAAAAGUUAUAAGUAACGCUGGAGGGGUUAAUCCACAGUCCUGUGCUGAUGCUUUAAGACAGAUAUGUGCUUCAGUCGGUGUUGAAAUGAAUAUUGCUGUUGUAACUGGUGAUGACUUAAUGCCUAAGACCAAAGAAUUGAUAGACAGUUCAAUAACUGAUAUGGAUUCAGGUGAACCAUUUCCAAAGACUAUACACAGUAUGAAUGCCUAUUUAGGAGCUGGACCAAUAGCUAGAGCUUUGGAUCUUGGUGCGGAUAUUGUUAUAACUGGCAGAUGUGUGGACAGUGCUUUAGUUCUUGGACCCCUGCUGCACAAUUUCCAAUGGAAUAUGACUGAUUUUGACCACUUAGCUGCUGGCAGCUUGGCUGGACAUCUGAUAGAGUGUGGUGCACAAGUAACUGGUGGAAUAUUCACAGACUGGAAAACAGUCCCUGAUUGGGAACAUAUAGGUUUUCCUGUGGUAGAGUGCAGUGCUAACGGUGAUUUUAUUGUAACUAAACCACGAGGAACUGGAGGAUUAAUCAAUGAAGCUACAGUUAGUGAACAGUUGGUAUAUGAGAUCGGUGAUCCAGCACAUUAUUUUCUUCCUGAUGUUGUCUGUGAUUUUACCCAAGUACAAUUAGAUGAAAUUAAUUCAGGAACUGAUGAAGCUGCAGUGUUUGUUACAGGAGCCAAAGGAAAACCACCAACUAGUCAGUAUAAGGCAAGUGCAACUUAUGCAGAUGGUUAUAGAUCAACAGCUGUGGCAAUCAUGGGAGGUCCUAAUACCAAACAAAAAGGAGAGAAAACAGCAGAUCAAAUUAUUAAAAGAUGUAGAAGAAUAUUCAAGCAGUUAAGUUUAGAAGAUUUCAGUAGAGUACAUAUUGAAGUUUUGGGUGCAGAGCAUAACUAUGGACCAAUGACCAAUCUACCACAGGGCAGCAGGGAAUCAGUAUUGUGGUUAGCUGUCCAUCAUCAUCAGAAAAAAGCUUUAGAAUUCUUUUCUAAAGAAAUAGCUCCAGCUGGUACUGGCAUGGCUCCAGGACUUACAGGCCUGGUUGGAGGCAGACCUAGAGUAUCACCAAUAUUGAGACUGUUUUCCUUCCUUUAUCCCAAAAAAGAUAUUGAGAUAGAUAUCAGCCUAAAUGGCAACCAUGUUGAAAAAUUUGAACCUCAGGAUAUUCCAGUAGCUGACUAUCCAAAGGCAAAGGAACAGAACAUACUGGAUGAAGUAGUAGUACAGACAGGGAAUAAGUCAUACAGAUUAGAGGACCUGGCUUACACAAGGAGUGGAGAUAAAGGAAAUAUGUGUAAUAUAGGUGUGAUAGCCAGACAUCCAGCCAUAUUACCUUACCUAAAGCAGCAGUUAACAUCAGAAGCUGUCCAGAAAUACUUUUCACAUUUAUUUGACGAUCCAGUUACGGCUUCUGUACAGAGAUACUAUGUUCCUGGUAUACAUGGAAUGAACUUUGUCCUGCCUGAUGUAUUAGGAGGAGGUGGUGUGGCAUCUCUACGGAGUGACCCUCAGGGCAAGGCAUAUGGACAGAUGUUAUUGGACUUUAUUGUGAAGGAUGUUCCAGAUAUGUCCCAGUAUUUAAAAUAAAAUGUUGACUAAUAGAAUUCUGCAUUAUCUUAAUUACAAUAUUCAAGGAAAUGUCAACAUGUUUGUUUGAAUAUCUGUCUCUAAUUGUGAUAAUUUAUAAUAAUUUGACAUACUUCUUAGGCAUUUAAAAUGUAUAUUAUUUGACAAUUUAGAAUCAAUGAGAAAGCAAUUGAAUGACACAAAAAAACAUGUAGAGGUCAAGAUCUAUUGUUGAACCAUAUAUAAUUGUCUAUACAUAAUAGCAAGCUCUAAAUCUAAAGUCUAGAAAUUUUUGAAUAAAGUUAGCAUAAACUGUUCUUCUUCAUGUAUUAACAAACACAAUUUUGAGAAUAAGGAAGAAAGUAUUUUUUUAUGGAAAUGAUUCCUAGUAAACUUAUUAAAAAAAGCUAUUAUUAAGUCUUUGUUAACUUGUGUUGUUGGGUUUAUGUUUCAUUGACAUUUUCCCAUCUUCUUGAAAGGUUGUAAUAUAUUGGUUGAUACCCAUUAUAAACAAAAUGGUUCAUGAAUGAAUGGAACAGUUACAAGAACCAGAAAGCUCUGGUUUUAAAAAAGAUAAUUAAUGUUUGGAAAAUUGUUGAAAAUCCAAACCUCAGGUAUAACCAAUUGACCGUUUUGUAAAGACUUGACACCUAUGUGACCUUGGUUAUAUGUUGUAGCAUUUAAAAGACAAAUUGUUGUAUUUAUUUUAUUUUGCACAAUCUCAAUAAUGUAUUUUUUUAUUGUAUUUUGAAAUCAAUGAUUAUGAAUAUUUUAAAUUGUAUAUCAUUAAAUGAUGACCGUGAUUUUGAAUCUUGUUUUUAGGGGGAGGAGUGGAUAAUGGUAUGGGAUAUCCUUUCUUUUUAUGGUCAAGAUCUACUGUUUUUGUACACUUUAUUCCUGUUUGGGCAUAUUUCAUUUUAUAAGAGUAUGGGUAAUCUACUGAAUAUGCAACAUUUCACAUUUUCAGAAAAUCUAGUGUUGAAAUGGGAAAUUAAGAAAAUAAAAUAUGUUGAACUGCACAUCAACCCUAUCUCUUAUGCCAGGUUUAAAAUAGAUUUAGAAUAGAACAUGCAUAAAUUUAUGAACACUGAUCAAAACAUGGAUUUUGUUUUCUGAAAGCAUGAAAUGAAAGUGCCAUGAGACAUUGUUUUUCCAUGUAGAAUAAUGGAAUAAGCUCAUAAAGAAAAACACACCUGGAAGAAGAUAAAAUUUUACCCAAGUUGGGUUUGAGGGUAAGCGUGUGCAGAUGUUCAUGCAUCACCCACCAUGUAAAUACAGACUCAGUAAAUGAUAAAAUGACAGGGAAUUGACACAGUUGGUUAAUUUACAAAAAGGAGGACUAUUUUGGGGUUAUAAGCUCUGAGACAGGGUAAAAUGUCAUUUCAAUGUUGUAACUUAUAUUUUCAUAAAAAAGAUUUAAUUUUGCAAAUAAACAGAUAUAAUUCUUUCUA